AUGAGCCCGUCAGAUUCAGCCUUCCGCCAGUCCCUCCACCCAGCCCUGUCGGCCCGCAGGCCUCUCAGUAUUGCAGAGCUUGCAGAUCGUGCAGUGAACAAUCUAUGGGACCCGUCGAGAGGGCUGAAACAGUGGUUGAGAGCUGCCGACGGUUUCCGGAAAGCAGGCCGGAGCUACGCUGACGCAGGGGAUCUCGAGGCUGCUUUUGUUGAGUUUGCUAAAGCUGCUACUAUUAUCCUCGAGAAACUUCCCACACACAAAGAGUACUACACAGUCCUGACAGCGACUCAGCGUCAUAACCUUGGUCUCAACGGUCAGGCGAUCCUCGAAAAUCUUGGGGAACUGAAGCCAGUUUUAGUCGACCGCUAUGAACGUUGGGCGAGUCGAAAUCCAGAAGAAGCGGCUCGUGCUCGUGCUGCCCUGGAGCAAAAUGUGAGACAAUCGAUAGAGGAACGAGAUACUAGGCACCCUGCCCCGGACGAAUCGGGAUGGCAAGCUCAGGAAGCUGCAAGGCUCGAUUCAAACAGGAGGCGCGAAGUCGAGAGACGGAGGGACGAAUACCGUUAUAGAACUGUAGAUUCAGGGGCUUCGGAAUCUCCUCGUCGGUUGCAGGUCGACACCAGAGUUGGGACGAAAGAGGGUGUUCCUCCUGCGGUGAGACGUGCGCCAACUAUAUCUCGCGGAGAAUCCGUGCAGAACAGACGAGAGAGGGAGACUUCCGAGCAGUUGACACCUGUGAGUGCGGAAGAACGCCGAAGAGAACGUGAUGAUAUUAGGUGGAAGCAGGAAGAUACCUGGACACAGGAGGAGGAAGAUGCAGCAAGGCGACGACCCAGAGAACAGCAAGGCAUUCUCCGACGCCAGCAAGAAGCAGAAGCCGCAUCUCGAGCAGCACGAUACAGUAUCAACCAACCUCCAACACACGUGGCUGGUCCCUCUGCCCUAAACCCCCAGCGCUCGAUGACGGCAGAACCACCAUACGGAGAAGCUGUCCCUUUACCCAUGCCCCUGGAAAGCCCUACUAGGGAUCCGGUGAACAAGCCACAGAAUGUGAAACCGUUCGUAUCAUCUUGGGCUCGUGCUCAACCGAGACUAACUUCACGCAGCCCAUCAUACCCGAUACCAGUGACCACAACAUCACCUGCGCCACCAGACGGACGUAUCCGUUACCCUCACCUCAUGUCGCAGCAUCAGCUUCUGCAAGGUUAUACCCCUUCCCUGCACUCCAUGUUUAAUUACCCAAGUCUUAAAGCUUCCGACGUCGCCCCAUCGUCAUUACUCUUCAUUCCAGAUUCGUCAAGAUCGAGUUCAGAUAGUCUUUACUCCGCCGAUAUACUCCACCAUCCUUCUAAUGUUCCCCUCAUCCCCCCCGCCACUCAACGCCCACCCGCACCGCCCCGACUUGCUUACCCCUCUCUCUCUCGGCACCCUCAAGGAGCACCAUCAUCCACUCUGCAGCAUGUCAGCAAUGACCGCUACCGUACCCCGUCACAAGAAUCGGCCCGCAUCAUACGAGACAGAGCUGCGGACGACCGGGUGCCAGAUCUCAAAACGGUGCUGCUACCACGGGACUGCCUUCCCCGCUUCCUAUCUAUUGCGGCUCUUAACACAGCGCGCAAUCGCGAGACAUGCGGGCUCCUGCUCGGCAGGGAUCAGAAUGGCAAGUACGUUGUCACCGUACUGUUGAUUCCAAAGCAACACUCGACCAGCGAUACGUGUACUAUGGACGAGGAGGAACUGGUAAUGCAGUUCACGGAGGAGAGGUCGUUGAUAACGCUAGGAUGGAUCCAUACACAUCCUUCUCAAUCAUGCUUCAUGUCCUCGGUAGACUUACACACGCACUCGGGCUUCCAGCGGAUGCUCCCAGAGUCGUUUGCGGUUGUUUGUGCACCGAAGUCCACUCCAAAUUUUGGGAUUUUCCGGCUGACAGAUCCGCCUGGCUUACAGACCAUCCUGGCCUGCGAUGCCAAGGAAGCAUUUCAUCCUCACCCUGACAUACCAAUUUAUACCUGUACGUGCACGACUUCAUUUCCAUCGUCGCCCCGUUUGCCGUACUGUUACUGAAUCACCAUCGCUUUUUUUCCUUCUCUCUUUGCAGGAUGCGGACAAGGGACACGUGCAGAUGAAGGACUUAUCCCUUGAAAUCGUAGACCUGCGAUAGCUGCGGCUGCGCUUUCUUCCUUUUCCUGUGUUGCAUUCCCUCCGUGGUCCCGUAUUUAUCGGGCGACCAUUCGUGGGAUCCCAGUUCCACGUCCCUCCCCGCUUAAUCGCCGUACGUAAACUGCUAUGUGCACUAAGCACAACAGAAUGUCACGAUCGCGACGACGAUGCCACAUACUCGCGUAUUCAGUCUGACAUGGAUCCGAAACUUGUUGCACUAGGCUUUGCUAUGUCGCUGGCACUUGCUCACUUACAGAGACAUUUUUUCUCUUGAUUUGUGCGGUGAACUAACCCGUUGGACUGAUGAUCCUGCUACCAGACCUUGUGCCUUAAGUGGAAAAGCUGGAGACGUUAUGA